GAGGGUUUUGGUGAGAAACCUCGCCGGAGAAGAACAGAGCGAGCUCCCUUCUCUCCGCUCCGUCGAUCGAUUUUCAGUCUCAAUGAAGCUUCUCCAAUCCGUCACCGGUCACAGCCGCUCGCUUGUUCGUCUGCUUGGACAGCGUCGAUCUUUUGCUGCUUCUACAGAAGAGUACAGUAAGAGGAAUUACGCCGAUAAUGUCGCCGAGUACAACACUGUAAUUGGCUCCAUCACUGCCCAGAGAAGGUAUUUCUUGUUGAGGGAUGUGUACGACGAUAUGAUGUUGGAUGGAGUGCAGCCUACAAUGGAUGUUUUCCACUCGCUGAUUACUGGAACCAUGAAAGGUGCUCGUUUCCAGGAUGCAAUUUUCUUCAGGGACGAGAUGAAGGCCAUGGGUCUGAUUCCUGAUGUUACUCUGUAUAACAUGUUGAUCUCAUUAUGUGGUAAAUGCAAGAACUCUGAGGAGGCUGUCCGGAUCUUAGAUGAGAUGAGGAGAUAUGAAGUGAAGCCACAUUCGCAGACAUACAUCUGCCUACUUAAUGCUUGUGCAGCUGCUGGUAGAUUAGAUCGCGUGUAUACAAUUGUCAGAGAUAUGACUGCUGCUGGCCUUGGCUUAAACAAGUUCUGCUAUACUGGACUCAUAGCUGCACACAUGAACAAGAAACCUGUGGCAGAUGAUUUUGCUACUAAAGUUGUUGAAUUUGUUGAACGGUCAAAGGAAUGGUUGUCAGUUGAAGCAUCAAGUAUAACAGCUGAAAAUGUAAUGAUGGGUGUUUCAGAAGAGGAAUUGUAUAACAUUCCCACUGCUGAAUACGUUAACAGACGUGGAGGAUUUUUGAACAGACAAUUGACUGUUUAUCAUGUUGCUUUGCAUGCUUGUGCAAAUCUCAGGAAUGUAGAGGUAAUGGAAACCAUAUUGGAGAUGUUAAAGAAGGAUGGAAAAACUCCUGAUGUCUACAUAGUGAUUCAAGUCAUGAGGUGCUAUCUACAUUCUGGAGAUAUUGAUCGUGGUCUUAAAACUUUUGAGGAGCACUUGAAUUCUGGAAGCCCUCCGUCUGCAGAACUCUAUGCAACGCUUGUUGAGGGAGCCAUGAUUGGUCAUACGCCAAAAGGAAUGCAAUUGGCUCAAGAAACAUUGGUAAAUAUGAAUUCCAGGGGCUUUUUCUUGAGCCCAAAAAUGGGGAGUGAUCUCCUCCUUGCAGCAGCGGGUGAGAAGACUGGUGGAUAUACAACUGCCAAUUAUAUAUGGGACCUCUUGCAAGCUCGAAAAAUAACACCUACAUUCCCAGCUGUGGAAGCUUAUUACAAGGGGUUGAAGGAACGUGAGAUUCCUGAAGAUGAUCCUAGGCUUUUAUUAGUUUCUCGAACCUACGACAAUCUUCGGGUCAGAUUUGGUGGAGGCAGACCUGGCCGAUCAUAAUUCAAAUCGAACAACGCCAGGUAAAUUUCCAUUGGUUUUUCUUUGCUGGGACCGACCUUUGCCUCUAGCCAUACCAGGGGAGCUUUUGCAGAGUAACAUUGUAGUGUUCUACAUGCAUUGAGUCGUGGGAUGGAGAGCAGUGUGUGAGAAAGCUUAUGUAUGUUAUUGGUUGCCAUAGAACUAAUGCUGUUAGGACACAGAAGAUAGAUUGUCUGUCCUUUACAUUUGAAAUUGCCAUAAUUCUUUCAGAAUAACAACUGUUCCAAUUUCAAUGGAUUUUUGUACCAGUUGAAAUUGUGCAUUAUGUGAUGUGUAUCAGACCGUCUUCAGGUCGUUUACCUUGAGAGUUGGGCGUUCUGAAAUGUGAAAAUGGAGAUUUAGACCCAUUUGGUAA